GCUUAAUAUCAAGUUCUUCCCUCUGUUCUUUUUUACUCAAUGGUCUAUGGUCGAUUAGCGUUAACGUCAUCUAAGUCUUCGAUCCAGUCAUCCAUUGAAGUUGCUCGAAGUUGAGGAGCUGUACGUUACGUAAUCUUACUGUAAUAAAUUCAGGACGAUAUAAUGGCGGAUAAUGACGAUCUCUUAGAUUAUGAGGAUGAAGAACAGACUGAACAAGUAGUCGAUGGAAGUGGAGAUGUUCCUGCAAAGAACAAAGAAGUAAAAGGCACAUAUGUAUCUAUCCACAGCAGUGGAUUUAGAGAUUUUCUUCUUAAACCAGAGAUUUUACGUGCUAUUGUUGAUUGUGGUUUUGAACAUCCAUCCGAAGUACAACAUGAAUGUAUUCCUCAAGCAGUGCUUGGAAUGGACAUAUUGUGUCAAGCAAAAUCUGGUAUGGGAAAAACUGCUGUGUUUGUAUUAGCUACUCUUCAACAGCUGGAAUUAACGGAAAAUCAAGUUUAUGUCUUAGUGAUGUGUCAUACUCGAGAACUAGCUUUCCAAAUCAGUAAAGAAUAUGAGAGGUUUAGUAAAUAUAUGCCACAUGUAAAAGUUGGUGUAUUUUUUGGUGGCUUACCUAUUCAGAAAGAUGAAGAAGUCUUAAAAACUGUAUGUCCUCAUAUUGUUGUUGGUACUCCUGGUCGUAUUCUCGCUCUUGUACGGAAUAAGAAAUUGAAUCUGAAACAUCUGAAACAUUUUAUACUCGAUGAAUGUGACAAGAUGCUCGAAUUAUUAGAUAUGCGCAGAGAUGUACAGGAAAUAUUUAGAAGCACGCCACACAGCAAACAAGUCAUGAUGUUCAGCGCCACAUUGUCCAAGGAAAUACGUCCUGUCUGCAAAAAGUUCAUGCAAGAUCCCAUGGAAGUCUAUGUCGAUGACGAGGCAAAACUCACUUUAAACGGUCUGCAACAACAUUACGUUAAAUUGAAGGAGAAUGAGAAGAACAAGAAGUUGUUUGAACUACUUGAUGUUCUUGAAUUUAAUCAGGUUGUCAUAUUUGUCAAGUCUGUCCAAAGAUGCAUGGCUUUAGCGCAACUCUUGACAGAACAGAACUUUCCCGCGAUUGGAAUUCAUCGGGGCAUGACGCAGGAAGAGCGAUUGUCUAGAUAUCAACAGUUUAAGGAUUUUCAAAAGCGUAUUUUGGUAGCGACAAACUUGUUUGGACGAGGUAUGGAUAUAGAACGUGUGAACAUUGUAUUCAACUAUGACAUGCCAGAAGAUUCCGACACAUAUUUACAUAGAGUGGCGCGCGCUGGUCGUUUUGGCACAAAGGGUCUUGCCAUUACACUAGUGAGCGAUGAAAGUGAUGCCAAGAUAUUAAAUGAUGUUCAAGAAAGAUUUGAUGUAAAUAUAACAGAAUUACCGGACGAAAUCGAUCUUGCUUCAUAUAUUGAAGGACGAUGAAUUGAACUACACUAUGCCAAUAUAAACUGCAAUAAAAUCCCUCAAAGCACAUUAUUUGAAUAUAUUUAUAAUUGAAUAUAAAAUAAUACUAAACAAAAAAUACUGUAUUUAAGUAAAAUACUUUUUUUUCUUGAAGCAGCUUUUUACUUCACUUAUUUACAAUAUAAGAAUGGACAGAGAAUAAUGAUUAGAAAUAUAUGAAAGAAUAACAUAAUGUUCCAUCUAUUGCAAGAAAUCAUGUUUUGUACAAGUGUAUUGGUUAUUUUUAAUAUUGCAUAUAACCGAUUCACAUAAUCAUAAAACUACUUUGAAAAUCAACUUAAUAAAUUUUUAUUGAUAAAAAAUGUACAUUACACAUAUAUCUUAUUCCACAAUUAGAAAAUAAAUAUGUCUAGUAGAUUAA